AUGGGUAUCGACAUUACCGCCCACCACGUCAAGAAGGGGGCCCGUACCGCCCCCAAGAGCGAGGAUCCCUAUUUGCUUCUCCUCGUCAAGCUCUACCGAUUCCUCGCCCGCCGUACCGAUGCCAACUUUAACAAGGUUAUCCUCCACAGACUUUUCCUCUCCAAGACCAACCGUCCCCCUCUCUCCCUCUCGCGCAUCGUCAAGGAGACUUCACACACUCCCGAGCGUGAAUCAAAAAUUAUCGUUCAAGUUGGCACAGUGACAGACGAUAUCCGUUUGACCGAGGUCCCCAAAUUGACAAUUGCCGCUCUGCGCUUCACACGUGCAGCAAAGGAGCGCAUCCUCAACGCUGGUGGCGAGGCUAUUACUCUGGAUCAGCUCGCACUCCGUUCACCGAAGGGUUCUAACACGGUGCUGUUGAGGGGUGUGAAGACUGCGAGGGAAGCGUACAAGCACUUUGGCAUGGGUCCUCACAAGAACAAGAAACCCUACACCCAAUCCAAGGGCCGCAAAUUCGAGCAAGGUCGUGGUCGCCGAAAGUCGCGCGGUUUCAAGGUAUAA